AUGGCUCUCUUCAUUUUUGUUUCUCUCUCUCUAUCUAUCUAUCUAUCUAUCUAUCUAUCUAUCUCACACACUCUCUCUCUCUCUCUCUCUCUCUCUCUCUCUCUCUCUCUCUAUAUAUAUAUAUAUAUAUAUAUAUAUAUAUAUACUAGCAGCAUGUCCCGGCGUUGCCCCUUUCUUUUAUAUUUCUUUUCUCUUUGUUUUCCUUUCUUUCUAUCUUUCUUUUCUGUUUGUUUUCCUUUCUUUCUAUCUUUCUUUCUAUCUUUCUUUUCACUUUGUUUUCCUUUCUAUCUUUCUUUCUAUCUUUCUUUUCUCUUUAUUUUCCUUUCUUUCUAUCUUUCUUUUCUCUUUAUUUUCCUUUCUUUCUAUCUUUCUUUUUUCUUUCUUUUCCUUUCUUUCUAUCUUUCUUUUCUCUUUUUUUCCCUUUCUUUCUUUAUUUCUUUUCUCUUUUUUUCCCUUUCUUUCUAUCUUUCUUUUCUCUUUGUUUCCUUUCUUUCUUUCUUUUUUCUUUGUUUUCCUUUCUUUCUAGCUUUCUUUUCUCUUUCUUUUCCUUUCUGUCUAUCUUUCUUUUCUCUUUCUUUUCCUUUCUGUCUAUCUUUCUUUUCUCUUUUUUUCCCUUUCUUUCUUUCUUUCUUUUCUCUUUUUUCCCUUUCUUUCUAUCUUUCUUUUCUGUUUAUUUUCCUUUCUUUCUAUCUUUCUUUCUAUCUGUCUUUUCUCUUUGUUUUCCUUUCUUUCUAUCUUUCUUUUCUCUUUGUUUUCUUUUCUUUCUAUCUUUCUUUACUCUUUGUUUUCCUUUCUUUCUACCUUUCUUUUCUCUUUGUUUUCCUUUCUUUCUAUCUUUCUUUUCUGUUUGUUUUCCUUUCUUUCUACCUUUCUUUCUAUCUUUCUUUUCUCUCUGUUUUCCUUUCUUUCUAUCUUUCUUUUCUCUUUGUUUUCCUUCCUCUAUAUCUUUAUUCAUUUUCUUUUCUAUGUUUUUUUUCUCUCUUUCUAUCUUCCUUUUCUCUUUGUUUUUCUUUCUGUAUCUAUUCAUUCAUUUAUUUAUUUUCACUCCGUUUUUUCUUUCUUUCUAUCUUUCGUUCUAUCUUUCUUUUCUUUUUCUUUUUCUUUCUUUUUCUCUUUUCUUUUCUUCACACUUCUUUCUUUCUUUCUUUCUUUCUUUCUUUCUUUUCACUUCUUCCCAAUCACUGCAUAAACAUUAUUUUUCCCUCGACAUAA